AUGCCCAAGAAGAAGCCAGAAAUGUCGCAGGUCUACGGCCAGACCAACAACGAGUUUAUUUUCGGCGAAAACGGCGGCAGAGGGAAACACCUCUUAUCUUUCUCCAAGAACCUUUUCCUCACCGGACGGAAAACAGACAUCCGCGAGGCCAACAGCAAUAUCUACGGGAACCUCUCCUACGGCUCAGACCGUCUGGCGCUGGCGGAGCGGCCGGAAAAGCCCCAUUUUCUGCGGUCGCCGCUGGUGAGCGGGCUUUUUUCGAAGACAUCGUCGCCCAAGCCCGAGCCCCGGCCUGCCACGCCCGAGGGCCGCGUUCGCCGGGCCACAUACACCGAUCUAGAUGCGGACUGGGACGCAGAUGUUGGCGCUGCUGUCGAAAAACCCCAGGAGAAAGCCGCCCCUGUCCCAACCGAACCUCUCCAAACAGGAAACGAAACGGCAUCGGUGUCCAGCCUAGUGUCCGAGCCCGGCCAGGCCCGCCGCAGCAAGUUCCGCCGCGUCCUAGCAGCGCCAGCCAUCAGCAUUGCCGACUUGCGCCUGCUAGCCUGGAACGGCGUGCCGCUGGAACUUCGGCCCGUCACGUGGCAGCUUCUCUUGGGAUAUCUCCCCACCAACAAAAGCCGCCAGGGGCUGACGCUUCGGAGGAAGCGCCAGGAGUAUGCAGACGGCCUUGCACAGCUUCCACCCGACGACACGCCGCUCCGGCACCAGAUCGACAUUGACGUGCGCCGGACCCACCAGCAGCUUUCUCUCUAUGCCAACGAGGCCACGCAGGCGUCGCUUCGGCGGAUCUUGCAUUUGUGGGCCGUCCGCCACCCUGCCAGCGGCUAUGUCCAAGGCAUCAACGACUUGUGCACGCCGUUCUACCAGAUCUUUGUGGGCCACUACUUGUGGCAAGUCCAGCAGCGGGCUCGCGGCACGUGGGACCCUGAAGUGUGCGUUCCGGGGCUUAUAGAUGAUGCUGACGUGGAAGAGCAGGCACUCAUGGAGGACCCGCUUCUUGCGCUGUACACGUGCGCCAACUUCGACACAGGGCGGCUUCUGGCCCGAGCCACCACGGCAAUCGAGGCAGACACGUACUGGUGUCUUUCACGGUUGUUGGACAACAUCACGGACAACUACAUCCACGAGCAGCCGGGUAUUAUUCGACAGGUGGGCGAGUUGCGCAAUUUGAUUGCCAAAAUCGAUUAUCCGCUUCUCCAGCACUUGGAGACGCAAGGCGUGGAGUUCAUCCAGUUUCUGUUCCGCUGGAUGAACUGUUUGCUUAUGCGGGAGCUCCUGAUGGAUUUAAUCAUCCGCAUGUGGGAUACGUAUUUGAGCGAGAGCCCGCUUGGUUUCAGCACGUUCCACGUAUACGUGUGUGCAGCGUUCUUGAUCAAGUUCUCUGCAGAGCUCCGGGAAAUGGACUUUCAGGAAAUCUUGCUUUUCCUCCAGAACACGCCAACAUCCUCAUGGCAGGAGAAGGAUAUCGAGAUGAUGCUCAGUGAGGCAUUUAUUUGGCAGAGUCUCUACAAGAACGCAGCGGCGCAUCUUCGCUAA